ACAACCUGACCAGUCUCUGUAACCACUUGAACUACGUGGACGUUUAUGUGUUUAUGAAAAGUAAUCUAAAUGCCCAAUACAAAUUGCCAUCACCCCGCGAACUCUAUCCACGGUGCCUGACCCGCAGUGAACAUAGAAAGUGCCUGUUCCUCAGAGAUGCAAAACUUGUUUGAUGAUCUUGAAGAUGACUGUCCGUGGUAUUACUUCGAUAGUUCUUACAAACUGCUUCUGGGAGCUUGCCUUUUCAUAUUCGGUGUGUUCGGGGUGCUGCUCAACGGUUGGCUUUUUGCCACAUUCAUCCACAGUCACCUGCUUGUAUAUAGGAGUCAUAUUCUGGUACUUAAUUUGUGCACAGCGUCACUUGGUCGAAAUCUCGUUGGAUUUCCAUUUGCUGGAUCAUCAGCGAUAGCAAAAAGAUGGCUUUUUGGUCCGUCGUGCUGUCAACUAUUUGCAUUUCUGAAUCAAUUCUUUGGUGUCUUUCAAAUGACUGCAUUAGUUGUGGCAGUUUUCGAGCGAUAUUUAUUAGCAAAGUUCUACAGACGUGAGAAAUCACUGUAUGCACGAUUUUAUUGGUCAUUAGUGGGCGUCAGUUGGUGUAAUUCUGUAAUAUUUGCAACUCCUCCUUUAUUUGGAUAUGGAAAGUACUCUUGUGAUGCUACUGGAACCACUUGCAACUUCCUCUGGCCAUCGUCGUCUUCGGGAGCCAAACACAUAGGAUACAGCAUACCUUAUAUACUCAUAUGUGGUGUGGUACCUGUCAUUGCUAUAUUUUGGUAUAUGGGGAAGGCUGUUCGAUUGGAAAGGAUAUUCUACAAAGGAGAACAGCAGAAGGAACAAACACGACUAACACAGAGUCUUCACGCAAUCUGUGUGGUUACCCUAGCAUUAUGGAUCCCUGCAGCCAUCUUGGUUGGUUGGCAAUGGCUACCGUUACUUAUAUAUGGUUACAGACCACACGUUCCACCUGCCUUGGUUUUGAUUGCAUCCAUUUCUUCAGAGGCCGCAACAAGUGUACCAGUCCUAUGUUUUCUUGCCGGAGAUGAGAGGAUCCGCGCUGCUCUUCUUGGACGCAUGCGCAAACAUUACGCCUUGCUGCAACCAGAACGAGCCAAGCGGUAUAACAGAGCAUAGCAAGAGGAGGAAAUACCCUUGAACAUAUACAUGUCCAUAGGGUCCCAAUCGGAGGUCUCUCAAUUGACGCUAUCCCAAGAAACGGCCAGCGGUAGUACCUACGUGAUGCUAUAAAACAAUUUUGUAAACAUUUGAAAUGU